AUGUCUUGUCCAACAAGGGUGAUCGACGCGGACUACCACAGCCUGGUGGGUGUCGUUCUCUUCAACCACUCGGAGGUGGACUUCUCCGUGAAGCCCGGAGACUGUGUCGUGCAGAUGAUCGUCCAGGUGAUUGCGAAUUGCGACGCCGGAGGUCGCCGAGGUGGAGGACCUCGACGUCACCGUCUGGCGGGAGGGAGGGUUUGGGUCCACCGGUGUUUGAACCCCGAGUCUUUGUAG